AUGACCUGCGAUGGCGUCAAGUUCAACCCAGACCAAGACAUCCCGGAUCUCCGGGGUAAGGUCAUCCUAGUCACGGGCGGUAACACGGGUCUCGGCCUGGAGAGCAUCCGCCAGCUCGCCCAGCACAAUCCUGCUCAAAUUUACAUGGGCUCGCGGUCGCGUGCCAAGGCAGAAGAUGCGAUUGAGUCCAUCCGGGCCUCGACGCCAGCCGCGGCCUCGACGCCCAUCACGCCCCUCGAGCUGGACCUGGCCUCGUUCGCGAGCAUCAAGUCGGCAGCGCGCACCUUGCUCGCCGCGUCCGACCGCCUCGACAUCCUCAUCAACAACGCCGGCAUCAUGAACGUGCCAGAGGGCCUGACGACCGACGGCUACGAGGUGCAGUUUGGCACCAACCACGUCGGCCCGGCCCUCUUGACUCAGCUGCUGCUCCCUCGGCUCAAGCGAACGGCAGCCAUGCCCGGCAGCGGCGACGUUCGCGUCGUGUUCUUGUCCUCGGCGCUGGAGCGGUCCGCCGUGGCUGGCAUCUUGGACGCCCCCGAAAAGCUCAAGACCACAAUGACCGAGACGGGCACGCAGUCGCGGUACGCAACCAGCAAGCUCGCCAACGUCCACUACGCCUGGGCUCUGGCCGAGCAGAACCCGGACCUCAAGGUUGUGUCCGUGCACCCGGGCGUGGUACAAACUGGUCUCCUGAGCACUUGGAUCGACGGAUUCAACCCCGUCGUCAGGGGCGCCUUGAACCUGGCUGGGCGGGCCUUGAUGACGACGAUCGAAAAGGGCGCGUACAACCAGGUCUGGGCCGCGACGGCCGCCGAGGCGGUUGAGACUGGUACUUUCUACUACCCAGUCGGCAUCAAGGGGAGGGGGUCAAAGGCCAGUAAGGAUGCCGAGCAAAAAGACCUCUUGUGGGAGUGGACACAGAGGGAGUUGGAUGGGCAUCUUGUUGUCUGA